CUGAUAAUAAACACGCAUUAGUACGCGUCCUCACUUCCCCACUAUCGAAAUUCUCUGUAACUCGAACGGACGUACGGACUUUCUUUCAGAUAACAAUUAUUACAAUUUACAGGUGAGCAUUCAUUCGUUACACGAGACUAGCCAUCAUCAGCAGAUGAGCGACGCGGAAGAAAUCGAUCUCAGGGCCCAUGUCAUCUCCGAUCGAAAUUGAUCAAGUUCAAGAGAGCGGUGGAAUACCAGGAAACCCACCUGUGACCACCGAACGCCGCUAUGGAUUCUCUCAGAUAGGAUGUGCAGCCGCUGUCAUCCUUAUCAUAGCUGCUGGAGGGGUCGGGGCAGCUCUGAUCGUGGGGGUAACUGAUGCAGGAAUAUUGCUUGCUGUUAUAUUACCAGUUCUAGGAUUCGCCACAGCACUAGCAAGUCUGUUCCUGUGGUGGCAGAACAAAAGAGCGAUACGACAACGUAAAGCAGCAGCUGAUGAGUGGGUGUCUACUACCUAUGCAGGGCAGGCACAGGCCACCUCAAGAUUAUCUGACACAUCCAGGAAUAGUAAUUCCAGUGGUUGGUUCAGAAGAUUUUCCCAGAGGACUUCGACGCAGUCAACUCCGCCACCGGGUUAUCAAAGUGUUGUUGGUGCAAGCUAAUGAUGAUCGUAUUACAAGGUAUAUUGAGUUGUUGGAUUGUAAGAAGGAUGAUUAAACGAUUUCAAUAUCAUAA